AUGGGUAUAUCCUUUUCUGUCGCAGUUGCCCUUCUGAUUGCCCUAUUCACAGUGCUGUAUAUUCGCAGGGAAAAUAGUAGCAAAGCUCGAGCAGAGGAAGCUAAAAAACCCGUCUUGAAGCUACCCCUCAUUGGCGACCUCCACAAUUCUUCCAUUGAAAGGCCUUUGGAGAACUGGGACUCAUGGGUUAAACAGAAUGGCCCUAUAGCGGUGCCCAAGCUGUUUGGAAUUGUGCCCAUUGUAAUUUUAAACUCAUAUGAGGCCGUGAACGAAUUGUUUAGCCGUCGCAGCCAGUGGUACAGCAACCGACCAGCCUCAGUAAGCAUGGAGAUGAUUACAAACGCCAGUCCAGGUCGGUCUCGGUUUACUCUGAUGCACGACUAUGAUGACCACCUCAAAUUGCACCACCGUAUCCUCUCUCCUAGUCUUGGCACCCCUGCUGCUCCUCAAUACCAGCCCAUGAUGGAACUCGAGUCCAAGCAGUUGCUGGUCGAUCUUCUAAAAGCAGUGCAGCAGUGCUCUGACGGCACCACAAUCAGCACCGACGCCGUCUACCCACUUCUAGAACGUGCCCAGUCGGGCGUCAUUUUGGCGCUGCAUUACAGCUUGCGCAUAGCCCACUUCGACGAGCCAAUUCUGCAAGAGAUCAUCGACAUACAGACGAAAGUGACCCAUCUUGCUGCUAAUCCCCGUUUGCCUGACUUUGUCCCGGCUCUGCGAUAUCUGCCCACGUUUUUGUCUCCUUGGAAGCGAGCUGCCGACAAGCUCUACGCUGAGCAGGUGGAUCUCUACAUGCGCUUAUUCCGUCACGGGCGGGAUUCAGCUGGCUGGAACGCUACGAAGCAGGCCAUCUCAACAGCGAGGAAGCACGCACCAGCUGACUUACCGAUUGAGGAUCUCGACCUCGCCUUUACUCUCGCGACGUCUAUCCAAGGAGGAAUGGAGACAUCUCCACGCCAAAUGUUGUGGCUAUUCAUCGCGGCGCUGUACAGGCCGUCCUUCAUGGACCGCGCCCAUGCUGUUCUUGAUAGAGUCGUUGGACGCGACCGUGUACCCUGCUUCGCAGAUCGUGCGGAACUUGGCUUUAUUGAUGCCAUAAUGCACGAGAUGCUCCGUUGGCGGCCCAUAUCACCGGGCUCUAUCCCCCGUCGCGCGGACCGCGACGACGAGUUUGAGGGGACCAAGUUCAAGAAAGGCGUGACCAUUAUGGCCAAUGCCUGGUCUAUCGGCCGAGAUGAGAAUGUGUUUGAUCAUACGUUAGGCGACCUUUCCGAUUUCGUUCCCGAGAGGUGGCUGCGGCAAGAUGAGAAUGGAGGUGAAAAGCUUCGAACGGACCUUCCGCUCCCAGUAUUUGGCCAGGGCCGACGUAUCUGUCAAGGUAAAAGGGUCGCGACAGACGGUAUAUUCAUGCAGCUUGCCUGUUUGCUCUGGGCAUUUGAUAUCGAGCCCGCUGAUGGAGAAGAGGUUGAUCCGUGGGUAAUGGUCGUGGAGGGCUUCAUGACUAUGCCCGGGGAGCUAGAAUUUAGACUCAAGCCGAGAGGUGACUGGGUGCGGGAUGUCAUUGCCAGAGAAUGGCAAGCAGCAGAAAAGAAACUAGAAAAGGUUAUGGGCACAGUAAACGAUGUUGAGAAAUAG